UACAUUAUUUUGCAAAAAAAUGUCAUAAAUAUGAUCUUAUUCAAUCAUUAUUGAAAUUACCAAUUAAUGAUGAAAUUAAAAAAAUGGGUCAAAUAUUUGAUAAUAAUGGUCGAACACCAUUUCAUUAUUGUGCUUCAAAAUUUAAUGAAUUUUGCGAACGAUAUAAAUCUUCAAAAGGUAAAGAUCAAUUAAAGAAAUCAUAUCAAUCAAUUGUUCAAAUGAUUGAAUAUUGUCUUGAAUCAGCUGAAUGUAAUCCUGAUAUUGAAAUACAAACAACAAAUGACUUUAAAAAAUCUAAUGAAGAUGAUAAUGACACUGAUGAUAUUGAUGAAGAUGGAAAUGUAAGUGAUGAAGAUCAAGAAGCAGAAGAAGAAAUAGAUGAUGAUGAUGAUGAUAAUGAAGAUCAAGAAGAUAAUGAUGAAAAUGAACAAAUAUCAAAUGAAAAUUCUCAACAAAUUGAUGAUAAUUUUGUUGUAGACAAUGAAAAAUCUGAUUUGAAACUUAAAGAAACAAGUAUCUUUUAUUUAUUACGCACUGUUCCAUUUAUUGAUAAUACAAUAAAACAUCCAUUAGAAAUUUUUCUUAAAAAGUCAAAAAAUCUUAAUGUACUUCAUCAUAAAACUCAUCGUACACCAUUAUUAGAAGCUAUUUAUCUUCGACAAUUUCAAACAGCAGAAAUGUUAAUUCAUAAUUCAUCAUGUGAUAUUAAUUUAUCAACAUCAAAUCUUUUAAAUGAACGUCAAAAUACACCAUUAAUUUUAGCAUGUAAAUUACAAUUAUUAUCUGUAGUACAUAAUUUAUUAGAACAUAGAAAAUGUAAUAUUACAUCAUAUGAUUAUAAAAAAAAUCAAGCAAUACAUUAUUAUUUACAAACAUCAAAUCGUUCAAAUGAAUAUUUAGAUAUAUUAAAUAUAUUUAUUAAAAAAUUAAAAUUAACAACAAUUAAUGCUUUAAAUAUUUCUGGAAAACAUCAACGUACACCUUUACAUAUUGCUACUUAUCAUAAUUUAGGUACUAUUGAUGCAAUAACAGAUGUUGAAAAAUUAUUAAUUGAAAAUGGAAGUGAUUUAAUGAUUCAAGAUGAUUUAGGAAAUAUACCAUUACAUAAUGUUUUUUUAAAUAAAAAUAUUGGUGAUGAUCCUGUAGAAUUAUGUGUUUUAAUUAUGAAAGCAAUGAAAUAUAAAUCUAUGGAUACAAUAAAUAAUGAUAGAAAUACACCUUUACAUUUAGCUGUGGCAAAAUGUUCUACAGUAUGUGUAAUGCUUUUACAACAACAUAAUGCAAGUUUAUUAAUUGAAAAUAAAUUAUCGAAUUCAAUAAUUGGUACUUGUAUAGCAUCAGAUCAUUUGAAUUUAUUUAUUACAUUUCUUCAACAAUCUAUUGAUAUUGAUCUUGCAAAAUUACAUAAACUACUCAUUGAAAAUUCAUCAUCAUUAAAAACUAAUGAAGAAAUUUCUACAACUCAGCAAAAUUUAUUUCCUCGACAAGUGGUAACACGAAGAAUAUUAGUUGCUAAUCGUUUUCCUCGACAAAAGGCACCACGAAAACAAUUAGCUACUAAACAAAUACAAACAUUAGUUACAAAAAAAGAAAAACCAUUAAAAACUGUUAAUAAUAAUAUUUGGAAAUGGAAAUAUAGUGAAAUAGAAAAUUCUAAAGAAUUUAAUCAAUAUUCAUUAAUAUAUUUAAUAAUUGAACGUGAUUGGCAAGGUGCAUUAUCAUUAAUUCUUAAUGAAAUUGAUCGUUUUCAUUUAACUUAUAUACAAAUAAUUGAAGCAGCUAUAUUAAAUAAUAAACUUAAUCUUGUUCAUCGUCUUUUAUUACGUUUAAAAAAUGAAAUAAAUAUUAAUGAAACAAAUUCACAUAAACAAAAUUUAUUUCAUUUAAUUGCUAAUAUGAAUGAAUAUAAUGAAACUUUAUUAAAACAAAUUCUUUUAUUUCUUUAUGAAUAUGAUUUUAAUUGGAAUAAAUCCGAUGAAUAUGGUUCUUAUCCAUUACAUUAUGCAUGUGUUAAACAAAAUUUUAUUUUUAUUGAUUUUCUACGCGAAAAAUAUCCUAGAAUAUUUAAUUUAAAUCAAACUGAUUCAUUUGAUAAUACAGCUAAUAGUUUAUUAUUUUGGUCAUUACCAUAUAAAACAUCAUUUUCAAAUGAAAAACUUCGUUUAUUAAUUACAUCAGGAAAACAAUUAGAUUGUUUAUGUAAUUAUAAUAAUGAAAUAGCUAUGAAUCCAUGGUCAUUUGGUUAUAUUGAUUCAUCAAUUGAAGAUAAAUCUUAUCCACCAACUAAAUCUAAUAAUAUACGAACAUCGCCAUUAAUUCAUGCAAUCGUUCAUAAUAAUUUUCAAUUAGUUAAAUUUUUACUUGAACUUAAUGCUGAUGUCAAUUAUUCGGAUGAAAAUAAACAAACACCAUUUAUGCAUGCUGUUCUUCAGAUAAUUAUUAGAGUUUAG